AUGAAGCAGCUGUUCUCAAAGGUUCUUUCUCCGACAGACAUAGAACAUAGGUUGGCGGUUCCAUCAGAGAUUUUAUGGGCAUUCGAGUUCGACCAAGCUCGUCGUUGUGCUGAUUUUGAAGUGAAAGACAAACAUGGACAAACAUGGGAGUUUCGUUGCUCAACCAGGAAGAAAGAUUUCCAUCCAAAACCAGUGGUUUCCAAAGGUUGGCGUAAGUUCGUGAAGGAUAAAGGUCUUCAAGCAGGUGACAAGAUUGUCUUUUACAAGGAUGUUGAAGGUGAUUCUUCUUACAAAAUCAUAACCAUGAAGAAAGUCUUCAAGUUAUUUGGUGAAGAAGUCUGGCUUCCCUCAUAA